AUGUCGUACAAAAUAGCAUUAAGAAGUUUCAAAACCCUCUCGUAUGUCGGAGGCUAUAAGAAAAUUAGAGAGCGGCAUUUAAAAACACACUGCGCUGCAGUCAUUGGUGUUGGGUACAUGGUUUACAAACAGCAGCAAACAAAUCAAGCUGAAAUGAAAGAAAUUAUGCAAUUUAAGAAUUAUAUGGCUGAACCGAUAACACCGGUCAACCAACUAGAAAAAAACCGAGAUGAUAUGAAGACACAGAUGGAACUGAUGAUUAUGAGAAUACAAGCAGAAUUCUGCAGAGCCUUGGAAAAAGAAGAAGAUGAGGCCUGGCUAGAAGAAAAGAGAGAUGAAGAUUUAGAUUACGACAGUGACUUAUUUGUACCAUAUCCGGACGCCAAAUUCCGAGUAGAUAGAUGGACUCGUAAAGAGGGUGGUGGAGGCAUUACUUGUGUACUUCAAGAUGGCAGAGUCUUUGAGAAAGCUGGAGUUAAUAUUUCGGUUGUUUCUGGUAAACUACCACCCGCUGCUGCUCAACAAAUGAGAACAAGGGGGAAGAACUUUGAUGGUAAAGAAUUGCCAUUCUUUGCAGCGGGUGUGAGCGCUGUCAUUCACCCAAGAAACCCCAUGGUUCCCACAAUACACUUUAACUACAGAUAUUUUGAAGUUCAGGAUAAAAAUGGUGUCCAGUGGUGGUUUGGAGGUGGCACUGAUUUAACACCAUAUUACUUGAAUGAGGAGGAUGCAGUUCAUUUUCAUCUUACGCUAAAACAUGCCUGUGACGCCCACGACAAAUCUUACUAUUCAAGGUUUAAAAAGUGGUGUGAUGACUACUUUACUAUUACCCAUCGAGGAGAGAGACGUGGUGUGGGAGGAAUAUUCUUUGAUGAUGUGGACCAGCCAGAUCAACAGAGUGCAUUUAGCUUUGUCACAUCAUGUGCUGAAGCUGUUAUACCCAGCUACAUUCCUUUAGUGCAAAAACAUAAAGAUGAUCCAUAUGGUUAUCACGAGAGACAAUGGCAGUUGUUGCGUCGAGGACGAUAUGUGGAAUUCAAUCUCAUCUACGACCGAGGAACAAAGUUUGGACUUUUUACACCUGAGGCCAGAUAUGAAUCCAUAUUAAUGUCACUUCCUUUAAAUGCGAAAUGGGAGUAUAUGCACGAACCUACGGCAAAUUCUCCAGAACAUAAAUUAAUGAGUGUCCUUAAGGAACCAAGAGACUGGCUCCAAUUGGAUCAAACGCAUGCCAGGACAUCUUAA